AUGGCAUACAGUACAGAUUCGAUAGUAGAGGCCACAUCGCUGUCGGCCAUUACGGCAAUCGCAUCAAAUCCACCGCAACAGCCGAGCACGUCGAAUCAAGAUCUUCGACAACCUCUUGUCUUGUAUAUCGCCCGAGUACCAGGAAGCAGAGAUGUGUUCCUGACGCCACUGAAGCCACGCGAGAAGGUCGUUUCCGCUGAGGACGUGGAAAGCUCGUUGUACUACGUCCAUAUCCACAACGAGGCCGACCAUGAGAUACUGGAACAGCCGAGACGGACAUCUGCAGACGUCGAUGCAUCACAGCUUGCUCCGAUUGCCGAGCAACCAGUAAGAAAUCAGCCACCAGUAUUACCUCCGAGACGCAAAGUACCCGGCUCAGCUCUGCCAUUUCCAGUCAAUGAUCAAAUGCCUGGAGCUGCCACUCAGCGCCUAUCCUCGCAGCCAUCACAGCGCAUCUCCCGAAAAUUCGUCAACGUCACUAGCUACGACGAUAGACCACCGCCUGUGCCUCCGCAUGUGAAUCUUCCUAUCAUCCCAUCACGGCCGUUGCCCAGACCACGAGCUGAUCAAGUACGGCGGCCAUCGCUCCACGAUGAGAACAAGCGACUACUGCGCCAUGCGGAUCAUAGUGAAGACAACAAUCCGUAUUUUAGACAGUACGAGCCAGAAGUCAAAGCAGACUCCGACACUCCUGAUAUCACUCCUGGCUCUUUGACACUGAUCAGACGAGAUCCUGCUUUGGGUGAGCAAUGGAAUGUCGCUUCUAUUCAUGACCCAUCGGUGUACGAGGUCUGCUCGCCUACAUUGCUUGUACCAGGAGCAGCCAAACGUAUCAAGCGAGGUGGCGCUCCUGUAUACCUGGACAUCAGCAACCCAGGCUACGCCCAGUUCAUCGACAAAGAUCGUCCCGAAUCUCGCAUAAGCACAUCCACGCAAUCCUCCGACAGCGAGCCUCCACCAGAAGGUGUCUUCCGAAGGCGUCUCCAUAUGCCAGGUUCACGUUUCGGCGAACAUGCAUACGGCCAUGGCAGGGCGAAGUCGACGGAGUACACUCCUAUCCAUGGUGAUGUGAAAAGUUUGUUACGUAAUCGCCUCUCAGUCGAUAUAAGUAGCACGAGCCUAACAACAAUGGACAAACGGCACAAAAGCUACACCUUCACCAGCCCCUGGGAUGGUAGAUGCGAGUUCAACACCGGCGCCACAGGCAAGAGUCUCAAAUGCCGCCACACCCACUCCGGCAAUACGACUGAGGUCAGCGAACUCCGCUUCAACCUUCCCAACUCGAGUAAAACUACGUCUACUCCGCUCGCGGAAAAGCGGGCAUCGUACUUCUCAAGACAUACACGCCACGAUAGCUGGGAUGGCGGGGUGUCACCGGGUUUUGUGCUGAAUGAUGAUGGGAAAGUGGAUCUGACGCUUGGGCAGGAGAAGGCGGGGGGUGGGUUUGGGGGUAAGCAGGUCAAGUUGGGGAAGCUGAUUAUUGAGUCGGAGGGACUGGCGAUGCUGGAUUUGCUGGUGGCGGCUAAUGUUGGGUUGUGGUGGAGGGCUUAUGAGAGGAAUGCGUGA